CUCCAAGGGAAGAUUUCAGUUAAUGUUGUGUGUAUUAAAGUCUACAAUUAUAAGCCACCUGCAGAAGCAGAACAAAGGAAUCAAGAAUUGCUAUUUUCGUUAGGCAGACCGCAACUCUAGCGAAACCUUUCUCAUUCAACCCAAUAACCUCACAACUUCGCCCUUUUAUUUUUAUUCCUAUCCAAAGAUAACACAUGCAUGGAAAAAGAAGCACCCAAGAAGAAACCACACCUAGAUCCUUCCUCCUCAUGUUCCCAUUCAAUUUCCAAUUCCACUUUCUUUUGACCUUUUCAACUUUCAUUCAAUUUGAUGAUUCCUUGCAUCAAAUUUCAAAUCCGCCAUGAGGAGGUAUUUCUCUAAUUCCAAUCUAACCCAAGCCCUGCAAGAACCACCUCAUUCACCACCCCCACAACUCGUUCUUCAAGAUCCCGCCAUGACAGCUGCCUCUGCUGAAGCAAACGCCAGAGGACAAACGCCGUUGUCUGCGGUUGUUGAUGCCUUUGAGGACCUAGCCAAGCGUCUAAAACCCAUUACGGAUCAAGAUAAUGAUGUCGGUCCCGGAGAGCUUCGAUUGGAUAUGUUCUGUGAUUCUUGCUCCCUGGUUUCUGUUCUCUUCAGCUGUCUCGGUCUCGCUUUCAAAUUCGCCGAGUCUGAGUAUGUCUCAAAGGUGGGCACUCUUGUUGAAGCAUCGAAGAGACACAAAACUUUGCAAAAUGUACUUGAUAUGGAUGUUGCAAAUGGCACAGUGAGGACACCAGGCAGUCAUUCUCGUAAUUUACGCAGAGUCAGGCAGGGUCUUGAUCUCAUCAGAGCUUUAUUUGAGCAGUUUCUGGCCACCGAUGAUUACUCUUUGAAGGAUGCAGCUACAACGGCUUAUGCACAAGUUUGUGCACCGUACCACACAUGGGCAGUCAGGACAGCCGUUUAUGCCGGAAUGUAUACUCUCCCUUCAAGAGACCAACUUUUGCUGAAGCUCAGUGAAACUGAUAAGUCUGCAGAGAAGCAAAUGAGAAGGUACAUCAAUGCAUCGCUUCCAGUUAUAGAGUACAUUGAUAAGCUUUACAUUUCCAGGAAUAUCAGCUUGGAUUGGUGAUUUCAACCUGUCUGGAAAAGUCAGCCAAUACAUUGAUUUGUUAUAAUUGAAUAGGAGCUGCAUUUCCUAUAGCAGCAACUUCUAAUAGCCUGUAGUUCUAUAAUAUUAGCUCCUUUCUGUCUGUUACCA